UUUUAAUUUUAUGCUUUAAAAAUGAUGACGAUCAUUACAACUAGCAAGCAAUCUUUAGAUGUCAUUUUUCCUCCUUUUUUUCUUGUAUGUAACUCUAAAACAGCUUGAUAAUUCGUUUUUAACAACAACAAUCGUUACGCAAAACGGACCAAAAAAAUCUACAUUAUUUUGAAUCAAACGAUUCGAUAGUUACCAUGGAUAAAGACAAAACAAUGCCUUUAAUUGUAAUAUUCGUUUGCCGUUUGAUGCUAAUUCUUUCGCAUGGUCUUAUCUGGCUACUAAAAAUGACAGAGAUUUAUAUCACCUAUCUAUAUCAUCACAUACGAUCGUAUUGGCUAAAUAUCGAUUCUAAGACAAAAGCAUGUCUGACUCGUAUCCCAGUGAAUCUAGCAAUAUGUAUUGGUCUCGAAGAUUCGAAACAAAUUGAUAUGGAUAAAAUUGGUCAGCUUAUUUGUUGGUGUCAAACUUUAUCAAUCCAAACAUUGACCAUUUAUCAUUAUUGUGAUACAUUUCCUGAAAUGAUGAAUACUAUAGAUGGAAUACAAGUGCAGACAAUUUCCCUCAAAUCAUCACAUCAAUCAUUGAUUGAAUCAGCACGAAACAUUUGUCAAUCAUCAUUGCCGAUUACAAUUGAUCGAAUUAGUGAACAUUUACGUCACGAAGGAAAAUACUAUCGACUUGAUGAUCCAGAUUUAUUGAUAUGUUUUAAUAGUGAUCAACGGACGCUCCAAGCAUUUCCACUAUGGCAAAUUCGUUUAACGGAAAUUUUUUUUCUAACAACGCAUAGACAUUUGAAUAAAAGUCAAUUUCUGUAUAUUUUAAAACGAUUUUCUCGAUGUCAGCAACGAUUUGGUAAAUGAAAUGAAACCGAAAAAAUUCUAAAUCAUAAUCAA